GCGGGGCACGCGCCGCCAUAAUGGCGGCGGCGGCGGGUAGGUGGCGGGGGCGCUUGGGCCGCGAGGCUCGCGCCAGCCUGGCCGCCUUCCUGCUGGGAGCCUCGGUGGCCGCGCUGCCGCUGGCCCUGGGCUCUUCCCCGGCGCUGCUGGCCGCCCCUGGCUUGCGCGGCCGCUUGGCGCUGGCCUUACACGUGGCGGGCGUCAACGCGGCGCUGCUGCUGCUGUACCCGCGGCCGCUCUACAAGAUCGCUGUCCGCGCCGGCUUCCUGGGCUUCGCCUUCGGCUGCGGGCUGCUGCUGAGCGCCGGCCGCUCCGCCUGGCGACACUUCGGCUGGUACGUGUGCUCCCUGUCCCUGUUCCACUACUCGGAGUACCUGGUGACGGCCAUCAACAACCCGCGCAGCCUCUCGCUGGACUCCUUCCUGCUGAACCACAGCUUCGAGUACAACCUGGCUGCUUUCUCCUCCUGGGUGGAGUUCACGCUGGAGAAGCUGCUCUUUCCAGAGCUGAAGCAGAUCACCUGGCUGAGUACUGUGGGGUUGUUGAUGGUGAUCUUUGGGGAUUGCCUGAGGAAAGCAGCCAUGCUCACAGCUGGCUCCAACUUCAACCACAUUGUUCAGAAUGAGAAGUCAGACACUCACACUUUGGUGACAAGUGGGGUGUACGGGUGGUUCCGGCACCCGUCCUACGUGGGAUGGUUUUACUGGAGUAUCGGAACACAGGUGUUACUCUGCAACCCCAUCUGUGUGGUGGGCUACGCGCUGGCGUCCUGGCGCUUCUUCAGGGAGCGGAUCGAGGAGGAGGAGAUCACACUCAUUCACUUCUUUGGAGAAGAGUACCUGGAGUACAAAAGGAAAGUGCCAUCGGGUCUCCCUUUUAUUAAAGGAGUCAAAUUGGAACUGUAAUGCAGGUGGAAGCUGGACUGUCUGAGCGAGUGCCCAGCUCCAGGUGCCGUGGGGUGUGGGACAAUGCGUGGCAUCGGCGCCAGGAGGGGCCCGUUGGCAUCUCCCAGGCACCCCGGGGGCGCUGGCGAAGGGCUGUGGAGCUGGGCGGCCUGGCAGGUCACUAGCCCAUCAGGAGCUCCUUUGUCCUCCUCAAGAUAAGUCCUUCGUUGCACAUUCAGGGAUCUUCCAUGUAACUUAGCCUGUAGCGACCCUAAAGAGAAGCAAACCCUCCUGCCUGCAGCAGCUGAAACGGCUCCGGGCUGACGCCUGUGGAGCACGGCUCUGCCCCGCCGCCCCCGUGCAGGAAAGGUGCCGCUCAGCGCAGCGUCCCUGUGGCGUCAGGGCAUUUUAAAGCUGUCUGACCUCGUGAGCCGGGCAGCGUGGCUCUAAUCUCCUCAGGCCUGAUUCCGCAGGCUGGCAGCGCCGCACUGGAUGAUCCUCCCCAGGCGUGGACGGGCACAGGGAGGAUCUUCGUGCUGCUGCUCAUGUGGAGCAUGGCAGGACAGCGAGCCUGAGCCCUCCUCCCUCUGCUACUGCCCUGAAUAUGGGAGCCGCCGUUUCAGCUGCAGCCUUCCCGAGCCUCCCUGCUGCCACCUCUGUUCCCUCUUCCUGCUUCCAAAUCACGCUGCUUCCUACCCUGCCAGGCUGCCUCCAUCCGGCAGAGAGCCAGGGUUUUGCGGUGGGAGAGCACGGCAGCUGCUGGGCUUGUGCUCAGGAUCCUUGCCUGCUGUUUUGGGCCCUGGGAUGUUCGUGUAACUGGGAAAUGUCUCUGGGGAGGUUCUCCAAGGAGGAAAAAGUUUGGCUGGCUAAUGCUAUUUUAAAUGCUACUGGUUUGGGAAUGGCUCCUACUUGAGCUGUGUGGUAUAACCUGUUCUGUCGUUCUAUACCAAAGAGGUUCACUGUAUCCUUGAGUUUUAUGUUCUUCUUCCCGGCUGGAGUGGAAGUGAGUUGCUGCCAGCUCACGGUGUUCCUUGGUGGAGGAGCUGUGGUGUGGCUCAGGAAAGGGGGCACUGGUGGAAAGCGCUUUGGUUUUGAUUUCUUUUAUAAAAAACAGGGAAAACGUG